AUGACGGAACACAUCUACCACUCGGCACCCACCCGUCGCCUCCUCCUAAUCUACAUCCACGGCUUCAAAGGCUCCGACACGACCUUCCAGCAUUUCCCCACCCACGUGCACAACCUCCUCUCCACCCUCCUCCCCUCCCACGAGAUCUACACCCGCGUGUACCCGCAAUACGAAACCCGGGGCGAGAUGCAAGCGGCCGUCGCGCAAUUCAGCAGCUGGCUGUCCCCCCACGAGUCCCCGGACCUGGACAUCAUCCUGCUGGGCCACAGCCUGGGCGGGAUCCUCGCCGCGGACGCAGCGGCCCUCACACCAACGUCAACCCCAACCCCGACCGGCGGCGCACAACACCAUCAUCAUCAACCCCAAUUCCAACCCAAACACCGCAUCCUCGGCCUCAUCAACUUCGACGUCCCCUUCCUCGGCCUCCAGCCACGGGUCUACCACACCAGUCUGAGCAGUUUCUUCCUGCAGAAGAACUUUCCGGGGGACGACGAGCGGCCGAGUACAUUUGCGACCGCGAGUGCGAAUUACGUUGCACCUGUGAUGGUCACGGUCGCGGAUGACCAUGGACGUGAGGAUGAGGUUUCAGUUGGGAUAGACGGUAUCGGUGUGAUGGGCGGGUUGAAAAAGCAUUUCCGCCAGCAUCAAAAGAAGAAAUCCGAACCCAAGAAGUCGCUGGUCGAUCGAUUCGCGCCGUCGCUGAAAUUCGCAAAUUGUCUGAAUGAUUCGGCGGAGCUGAGGAGGCGAUAUGCCUGGUUGAUGGAGCUGGAGGCCGCGGAGGAUAGUCCCGCCAGGGUUCGGUUUGUGAAUUAUUAUGCGGAGAGUACGGGGGAGGGGCCCAAGGCAGGUGCCAGUGGUGCGGCGAGGCCGGUGGUUAGGGCUGCGGCGUCAGAGUCUAGUCUCCUUGGGACGGGGAUGGGGACGGGGACGGUAGGCGAGCUGGAGGGUGUUUCUCGGUCGGUCUCUGAGUCGGGAUCCGCGGAGAUGGUGGGGACUGGGACUGGGACUGGGAGGAAAUUGCGCCGGUUUGCGGUCUUGCCCUCGAAGGAUGGGAGUGGGUUGUGGGAUGAUUCGCUGUGGGUGCCGGUGUUGAUGGAGGAUAUGGAUGAGGUGACGGCGCAUAUGUCGAUGUUUGUGGCGCAGGGUGCGAGGUAUGAGCGGCUGGUGGGGGAGACGGUGAGCCAGAUUGAGGGCUGGGUGCAGAGGGAUCUGGAUCGUAGGUGGUUGCAGCAUGUUAGGCUGUGA